UUAGUAUAUACCGCCAUAGAAUGUGAUCAUGAUAUAGAAGCAGCAUGAUGGGGUAAUAAUCAGCCGAAAGAUGAAAAGCAAUACAUUUUAGAAGCAUUAGGCGCAGAGCACCUUCAUACUUAGCAUGGAAUGUGUAGGGUGUUCAUCAUAUUACGAAAAGAAAAAAAAAAACAGUGUAAAGUCAUUCCGUACCUUCAGAAUCUUCAUUAUUAUAACAAAAUUUGCUAUUUGCCUGACCACCAAUUCGUAUGUAUUGGACCAUUCACCGCACAGAGAAAUGGGAAGCUUCAGCUGGUUUCAAAUAUCUAAAUUCUUGGAGCAAGUCAGUAAAGCGCAUAAGAAUGACUUGGCAGCAAACAAGUGAAUGUAAGGAUUUUAUCAGUGAGUCCGUUUGGCUAGGACAGUGU